GGUCUCAAACAUAAGCAGCAAAGAAAAACAUGGUUCUUAAACCCUGCUUAGCUUAGCGGCUACACCAGAAGGGUUUAGAGACUGAACGAAGAACAGAGAACCAAAAAUGGCGGAAGAAAAGCAACGAAGCAUCCCAGUGCUACCAUGGAUGCGAGACCCCAUCGACGUCACUCUCUGCCAACAACUCCCUCUCGAUUCCAUCCCUCUCCUCCACCCAAAGUUAAAAUCAGCACUAGAGAGCAUGGGAAUCUCAAGCCUCUUCCCGGUGCAACUCGCCGUCUGGCAAGAAACCGUCGGCCCGGGCAACUUCGACCGCGACCUCUGCGUUAACUCGCCCACCGGAAGCGGUAAAACCUUGGCCUACGCUCUCCCCAUCGUGCAGAUGCUGUCCACGCGCGUCGCCAAGUGCCUACGCGCUCUGGUUGUGGUUCCCACGCGCGACCUCGCGUUUCAGGUUAAGCGGGUGUUCGAUGGCGUCGCGUCGCCGCUCGGGUUGCGUGUCGGAUUGGCCGUUGGACAGUCUUCGGUGGCGGACGAGAUUUCGGAGCUUGUUCACGUGCCGGCGCGUGAGGCUGGCUCUUGUUAUGAUCCGCAGCAUGCUUUGUUUGUUAGGUUUGAAAGCAAGGUGGAUAUUCUGGUAGCUACCCCUGGAAGGCUCAUGGAUCAUAUCAAUACCACUAAGGGAUUCACACUUGAACAUCUUCAUUAUCUUGUGGUUGAUGAAACAGAUCGACUGCUUCGGGAGGCUUACCAGUCAUGGCUGCCUACUGUACUUGAAUUGGCCCAAUCUAAUGAUGAUAGCUUUUCUCAACCAGCUGAUUCCUUUUUCCCUUGUUCUGUUGGUGCAUUGAGAACCAGAAGAAGAUGUGGAGUUGAGAGGGGGUUCAAGGAUAAGCCUUACCCCAGGCUGGCAAAGAUGGUUCUAUCUGCAACAAUAACUCAGGAUCCAGGAAAGCUUGUUCAACUUAAUUUGCAUCACCCUUUAUUCCUGAGAGCUGGGCAAAUGCGUUAUCGACUUCCAGAAAAUUUGGAAUCUUACAAACUGAUCUGUGAAACAAAGGUCAAACCCUUGUAUUUGGUUGCCCUGUUGAAAUCCCUGGGAGGAGAAAAAUGCAUAGUUUUUACAAAAUCAGUGGAAUCAACACAUCGACUCUGCAAAUUGCUGAAUUGUUUUGAAGAUCUGCAAAUUGAUAUGAAGGAGUAUUCUGGUCUUCAGCAUCAACGUGUAAGAAGUAAGACAUUGACUGCUUUUCGGAAAGGGGAAUUUCAAGUCUUAGUAUCUUCUGAUGCGAUGACACGUGGAAUGGAUGUUGAAGGGGUAAGGAAUGUCAUUAAUUAUGACAUGCCCAAAUACAUAAAGACUUAUGUUCAUCGAGCUGGCAGGACUGCGAGAGCUGGUCAGACUGGGCGUUGCUUCACAUUGAUGUCAAAAGAUGAGGUUCGACGAUUUAAGAAGUUGAUGCAAAAGGCUGAGGCUGGCUCUUGUGAGGAGCAUAUUCUUCCAUCCAGUUUGAUUGAUGCACUUCAUACCACCUACCAAUCAGCACUGGAAAAAUUUAAGGAGAUACUUUCGGAGAGACGAAAGAAACCCAAGGAACACUCUUCUCAGCCGACCAAAGAGAAUGGCAAAAAAAAUCAUUCAUAGAAAUAGCUGCUUAUUAACUGACACCCAAGGGAAUAGCAUGUAAGCUUCAGAACAUGGAAGGAAUCCCUGGAAACAUUCAACUAACAAGUGAAGUUCUGCGAUAAUAGACUGAAACACGGUCCUAUCUGAUACUUCAUUGAUGGGGCAGAUGUAUGAGAUGAAAGUAGAAGUUUUGUAUCAAUGACGAUGAAAAACGAUAAUCCAAAUAUACAGGAUUUAUUUAUUUGCUUAUUACUUUAAUUUUAGUUUAAGAAGUGCUAAAAGUUGUUAGAUCUGUCUUAAAAUGUUAUCUGUUAUAUGUGGCCAUGGAAAAUAUACAAGUUCCUGAGGGAUUUUGAUGCA